GAGAAAACUGUGGUGAUAGCACAGGUAUUGCAAUUACAACAUUAUGGUAGUAGCUUCGUUGAGUGCCAAGAAAGGUCACCAAGCCGUUCAACUCACCUACGACGGUGAAGGUCUUCGUAUUGAGGGAGACGUUACAGCAGCUAAGCGGCCCAAAGCUCCUCGCACUUGCUUCUGCAUCCCAUUGCCACCACCGAAAGUAUCCAAUCCACUCCUUUUACCCAUCCAGAACAUCAACCUUCUCAACGUAGAAUAUGGCUCUACCAAUAUGCUGAGAAUCAGCGCUUUAAUUCCAGACAAGCCAGCUGAGGAUGAAUCCCCCGUCACUCUUUACAAUCUAGUAUACUCAAUCGACCCCCAAGAUGCGGAAAAAGCAACCAAGUUUAGCAGCGAUAUCAUGAGUCAAGUUUAUAAAGACGUCCAGCAAGGCAAACGCCUCAAAGUGCUUAUCAAUCCAUUCGGAGGUCAAGGAAAGGCCAAGCACAUAUUCGAGACUCAGGUAAAGCCUGUAUUUGAAGCCGCAAAAUGCGCUAUGGAUGUUCAAUUUACUGAGCGUCAAGGACAUGGCAUUGAUAUUGCCAAAGAAAUCGACAUCAAUGCAUUUGACUCUAUUGUCACCGUGAGUGGCGAUGGUGUCAUUCACGAAGUCAUCAAUGGUUUCCUUCAACGACCAGAUGCCAGAGAAGCCAUUAGAAAGUUACCCUUGGGAGUCAUUCCUGGCGGAACGGGCAAUGCUUUAAGCAUCUCCAUGCUAGGCGAGAAGAGCGGAUUUGAUCCACAGUACACUGCUCUUCAAGUCAUCAAAGGCAAACCCAUGGCCUUUGACUUGUGCUCAGUAACCUACGAUGACAAACGCUAUUUCUCGUUCUUGUCUCAAAACUAUGGAAUCACUGCUUAUGCAGAUUUGGCCACAGAACAUAUGAGGUGGAUGGGUGAUACUCGCACUAUUAUAGGAUUAUUGCAACAAAUCUUUGGUGGAAAAUCAUAUUCUAUGGAAGCGGCAUUUGAUAUUGUUAAAAGCGACAAAACUUCAAUUGCCGAAGAUUAUCCCGUAGAAUACGAUAGAUCUGAUCAGCAAACAGCUAUUGACGAUAGUAGGGGUGGACAAGUCGUAGAUAGCAUUCCUCCUUUAUCCGAACCCGUUCCAAAAGGUUGGACAGUUGUUAACGAUGACAUCUGCGUAUUCUUGACGAGCAAGGUGCCAUGGUUAGCUCGGGGAAUGUUAACACACCCUUACUGUAUGCCAAACGAUGGCCUGAUCGACUUGAUGCUGAUCAAAAAGGGCGCCUCAAUUGGUGAUAAGCUUAGUGUAUUCGACACCGUCGAUAAAGGCACUCACGUCAAGUCCAAAAUUGUUGAUUAUUACAAAGUCAAAGCCUUCCGUCUUACACCCGUUACCAAAGACCCAAAGCAAAAGAACUACGUGGCGAUUGACGGUGAGCAUGCUCCUCCCAAACCAUUCCAAGUUGAAGUCCAUCGUUCUUUAGGCGCUGUGUUGAGUUUGGACGGUAGAUAUCGCUCAACUACCAUCUGAUACCCUUGGCCACACAUCGCCGGAAGUUUGAACAUCCCAUAAGGAGUGUUUAAAAUAAUGAGAAAAAAUAAUUAUUUCUGUAUGACCCUGAUAGUCUCGACUAUUUUAAUUUAGUGAUUAUAAACCCUCCUUCCUUUCCUUUCAUAUAAUUGAG